UUCACAUAAAAGAUAAUGGAAGACAAUCUCGAGAAGGUUGUUGUAACAAACGGAGAAUAUGAAUUUAUUCAUUAUCGACCCAAAUCAAAUUACAAGAGAGGAAACCAAACUAGGCUCAGAAGAAAGGAACCAUCGGAUAACUAUGUUUACAGACCAAUCAUGGGAAGCUCAUCUCGUCUACGCACUGGAUGGGGAGAGGAAUUUCCAGUUUUAAAUCUAGCAAAGGAGUGUCAACAAUUAAAUAUGGGUGGACAUUCAUCCUGGUCUGAUGAUGAAUUUGUUGAAGGUGAAAACGAAAAAACAAUAUUUUCCUCCGUUGUCAAAGAUGCCCAAGAAAGCAGUACUGCUUCAAUGGAUAUAUUCCCUAUUGACUUGCAAGAACAAAUUUUAGCCCUCCUUCCGUUUCGUAAUAUCUUGAAAGCACGUACUGUUUGCAAAUUGUGGAAUGAAAUUGUGGUUUCCAAAAAGUUUCAAGAAUACGUAUCGGGUGGCCUUUCAAAGAAACCUUGGUUCUACAUGUCUGGCAACCCUGAUGUAUCUGAUGCCUUUCUCUAUAACCCAGUGUCAAGCAAAUGGUAUUGCUUUCAGUUGCCGUUUAUGUUGAAGCAUGACAGCGAAGUUGCUUCCUCACAUGGUUUGGUGUGCUAUACAGAUUAUGCAGGUGAUCUUCUGGUUUGCAAUCUAAUGACUAAAAGGCACAAGAAACUUGCGUUGCCUUUGGGCGAAAAGAAUUUUGAAUACCGUGGCCUGGCAUUCUCGGUGAACCCAAAGUCAAGUGAAUAUACUAUUAGCGUUGUCAGAUCAAUGGGGUGUGAUGUUGUGAUAAAUGUUUAUUCUUCUGAAACAUUGGUGUGGAAUUGCCAGAAGAAAACUUUGCGGGACUGGAAGGGAAGAGCCGACUGUGUUAUUUUGAAUGGGAUAUUGUAUUUGCUAGUCCUUUCUACCACUGCUUUGGCAGGGGAUCAGCAUGGCGUAUUGGCUUAUGAUCUCAGUCCUCCACCAUCUACCGACAAAUCAGAAGACACCAUGAUAAUCAAUAUUCCUUUCACUAUCACUUGUGGCCGACUAAUGAACCUGCAGGAUAAGCUGGCGAUGGUGGGAGGCAUUGGCAUACCUGGUCGACAUGGAGUGAUCACUGGAAUUGGCAUUUGGGUUCUGAAAGGGACGGAGUGGGAAGAAGUUGUGCGUGUUCCACCAAAGCUGUUGCACGCAUUUGGAGAGUUAGACGAUGUUUUCGCUAGCUGUGGUGGUGGCGACACGGUAUACAUCCACCCAUAUGGAGGGACUAACACACUCGUGUUUGACAUGAAUUCGAGAGAGUGGAAGUGGGCGAGGUAUCCAUUAAACAAGAAGUAUCCUCUGCAGAUAUUCACCGGGUUUUGCUUUUAUCCGCGGCUUGAUGUCUCAGCGGGAUGAAGCAGCAAUCCUCCCACCGGUACAAGACGCUCGAGGCUGGCUUCGUUAGCAUUGCAUUCAAAUUCUUUAUCAUUUUAGAGCCUAAUAAGCAUCAUCCACUCAAUAUGCUACUUUCUUUAUCAUUUUAGAGCCUAAUAAUAAGCUAAGCAUCAUCCAUUCAAUAUGCUACUCUCAAAAGUUGUUUCCACUUGUUUUGGGUUAUUAUUGUAGAAGAAUUGGAUGUCUGUUUUCUUAGCUAAAGAAUUUUGAAUUGUUUCAUCAUAAAUAUGUGGAUUUUUGGAACAA